CAAGAAAGUAUGAAAGAACCAAGGAUUUUUCCUAGAGAGCGGCCAACUCCCUGGACUCGUGCCCCAUUUCCACCCCGAGGACGGAUAGACGGUUCCCUUGGUUCACCGAUGGCUCCUGUUUUGAAUGCAGGCAACACAAUGGGGGUAAACCCUGAUCCUUUUCUUUUAGCCAGCGUUCUUGGCGGAAAUCUGACUCGAUUCCCAACUGGCCCCCUUGCCAGAAAUCCAGCUCCUUUCCCAAAGCCAUCUGGCUCAUUGGCCUCAUGUCCACCUUCCUUCCCAGCUGGUGCCCGUGACUCAAAUGUGGUUCCUUUUCCAAGGGGGAUGAAUCCUUCAAGCACAAGCUCUGUUCCUUUCCCAAGGUCAGGUGGCCCACUUGGCUCAGGUCUAAACCCGAGAGCAGGUAUUGCCAGUGGUACAGGUCCUAUGGCCAACCCUAGACCAGGUGGGCUCACAGGCACAGGUCCUAUGCCUAACCCUAGGCCAGGGGGGCUCACCAACACAGGUCCUAUGUCUAACCCUAGGCCAGGUGGGCUCACCAACACAGGUCCUAUGUCUAACCCAAGGGGAGGUGGUCUUCUGGGUGCGGGUCUUGACCCCAGAGCAGGUGGUCUGGGCUCCGGUCCUGGUCCUGACCUGAGAACAGGAAAUUCACUAAGCACAGGUCUUGGCCCAAACCUAAGGACAGGUGGCCUUAUGGGCACAGGCUCUGGUCCUGACCCCAGAGGAAGUGGGUUCUUGGGUACUACUGGCCCUGGUCCCAAUUCUAGAAUGGGUGGCCUGGGUGCAGGCGGCCUGGGAGCAGGUGGCCUGGGCUCGGGCGGCCUGGGAGCAGGUGGCCUGGGCUCGGGCGGCCUGGGAGCAGGUGGCCUGGGUGCAGGCGGCCUGGGAGCAGGUGGCCUGGGAGCGGGCGGCCUGGGACCGGGUGGCCUGGGACCGGGCGGCCUGGGACCGGGCGGCCUGGGCUCCGGUGGCCUGGGCUCCGGUGGCCUGGGAGCGGGCGGUCUGGGAGCAGGUGGCCUGGGCGCGGGCGGCCUGGGAGCAGGUGGCCUGGGCUCAGGCAGUAUUGGUACCAGCAGCUUGGGCACGGGUGGCCUGGGUACAGGCAGCCUGGGUGCAGGCCCAGGACCAGGUCUCAACCUAAGAACCAGUGGUCUCUCAAAUACAGGUCAUGUCCCUGAUCCCAGGGCAAGUGGAUUUCUGGGCACAGGUCUUGGUCCUAACUCUAGAGUUAGUGGCCUAGGCAUGGGCACAGGUCCUGGUCCUAACCCAAGAGCAGGUGCCCCGGGACCAGGCCCUGGUCUUAACCCAAGAGUAGGCCUGGGAACAGGCCAGGGCCCUAAUCUGGAUCCCAGGGCAAGUGGUCUCAUGGGAUCAGGUGCUGGUCCCAAUUUGAGAGCUGCUGGUCUCAUAGGCACAGGAUCUGGCCUUGAUUUGAGAGCAUCUGGAUCUCUAGGUAUGGAUCUUGCUCCCAUUUUAAGGGCAGCUGGCCUCCUUGGAGCAAAUUCAGCCCCUUUCUCACAGUCAUCUGGAAAUAUGGGUCCAAAUCCAUCUUCCAUGACAAGAGCAACAGGUCCUGUAGGCCCAAACUCAGGUCCUGGUUCUAGGAUAGUUGGCCUUCCAGGUCCAAAUUCCUCUCCUAUGCCAAGGGCUGCUGGCCCCUUAGGUCCUAAUUCAACUUUCUCAAGGCCAACUGGCCCUUUAGGUGUAAACUCAACUCCCUUUCCAAGGGGGACGAAUCCUGCAGGCUUGAACCCAGCUACGUUUUCCCAGUCCACCAGCUCAAACCCACCUACCUUUCCACGUUCCACUGGUCUUCAGGCACCUAAUACAGCAAUUUUUCCAAGGUCAUCUGGCCCCCUGGGCCCAAACCCAGCUAACUUCCCAAGAUCAGCUGGACUUCAAGGCCCAAGUCCAGCCACUUUCCCAAGAUCCACUGGCCCACUAGGCCCUAGUCAAGUUCCUUUCCCCAGGUCUGCUGCUGGUUCACUAGGUCCCACACCAGCAAGUGCUUCAGGCAUAAACCCAGCUCCUUUUCCGAGGCCAUCUGGUCCCCUGGGUAUAAACCCAUCUUUUCCUAGGGUCAAUGGCCCCAUAUUAAAGACUGUGGUACCAUUUCCUAGGAGUGGAAGCCUUUCUGGCCCUGGCCCAACUUUUCCUAGACCAGGAGGCCCAUUGGCUGCAAUGUACUCAAAUGGAAUGCUGCCACCCUAGAGACCACCCCUUUCCCACCUAGGCUACAUUGGCUGCAAGGCCCCACGGUUCUGGGCAGGAUGGAGAGAGCUGUGUCCUGAAGGCCACAGUGAGGCUUGACUUGAUGGCCAUUUCUUCCCACGGCUUGUUUCUCCAAUGAAGAUGGAUUCUUCGCUUUGCUUGUGAGACAAGAACUCUGGCAGGCAAGCUCAGCCCUAAGGAUGGGGAGAAAGACUCCCAGUGUCCUGUGGCCUGUGGUGCUUUCUCACUGCUUUGUGCCCAGUUCUCUUUCUUACUCCUUUUUUGGAUUGUUCUCCUGGACUUUUCCUCAGGGAUGCGUAGGCCUGCCAGUCCCAGCUCCUCCUGUGCCACCAUCUUCCCUACCACAGAAACCCAGGUAGCUGCUUUGGUUAAUUGUGUUCCAGUUUCCAACAUUACUCAGUAACUUUGUAUAGAGCAGCUAGGACUGGAUAGUCCUUUUCAGUCCUAAGUAAAGCUUAUUUCUUUAUGCCACAAACUGGACAUUGGCCAUCUGUGGAAUUCAUAGGAGGCCAAAGUUGUGAAGCAGCUUCUCGCCUGACCUUCUCGCUACUGUUACUCCCAAUCAAAGAACCUCAAGAUUUUGAAUUGAUGUUGGCUCUGGGACCUGGGG